UAAGUUUUAAAAUAUUAUAGAUAAAACGUCAAGUUUCUGCUCAGGUAAAGAAUCUAUAGUUUGUUUGUGAACUCAGCACUCGCUCCUUUGUGCAAAAAUGGAGAAAGAAAAAGGAUCUAAUAACAAAAAAGUAAUGGUGGCCAUAGAUGAGAGCGAGUCCACUUACUAUGCACUCAUGUGGGUUCUUGACAAUCUCAAAGAAUGGGUUACCAAUUCGCCUCUUGUGAUCUUCUCAGCACAGCCUAGUCCUAAGAUUUGGUAUGCUUAUGCUGGUCUAAUUGGCUCCACUUCCAUGUACUCUCUUGUCUCACCCACAGCCAUGGAGUUGAGUAGCAUUGCUCAAGAACGAAAUAAGAAGGUAUCAUUGGGUCUCUUAGAGAAGGCAAAGAAAAUCUGUGCUAGUCGAGGGGUAAAAGUGGAGACAAUUACAGAAGCUGGAGAUCCCAAAGAACUCAUAUGCAAUGUUGUUAAAACUUACAACAUUAGUCUACUUGUUUUAGGUUACAAUGAAGGUGGAGCUCUUAAAAGGGCCUUUAUGGGAAGUCAGAGCAGCUAUUGCUUAACAAAUGCCAACUGCCCUGUUCUUGUUGUGAAGAAACCACAGAAAAAGGAUUCCAAAUCAAAAUCCUCGCAUCCACGUUAGAGGUGUAGCCCUAAUUAUAGUUGACCGGCAGUUAAGACCUAAAAUAUCUAUCCGCCCUCUGUUUCCCAAACUACCUAAUCACAAAUCUGUUGCCUCUACACUGGAAAUACUGUUGUAAAAUAUUAAUAUAAUGGCGGAAAUAUAAACUUUUAUUACAAGAAAAAA